AUGAAAUUUGAAAUAUGUAUACUUACUGGGGGAGCUGAAGUGAUAGAAAUCCAUGGGUUCGCUGACGCAUCAGAAGCCGCUUAUGGUGCAGUUAUCUACUGUAAGUGUAUUAAAUAUGGCCAUGCAUCAAUUAAAUUGAUUGCCAGUAAAUCGAGAGUGUCUCCAUUAAAAAGAGUUACCAUCCCAAGAUGGGAACUUUGCGCUUCAGUGCUUCUAGCAAAGAUAGUGAAAAAGGUGAUACAUGCUCUCAAAUUACCAAUAUCCCGCACCUAUCUAUGGAGUGACAGCAUGAUUGUUCUUUCAUGGAUUCGCAAAGAACCAUUUCUUCUUAAGACAUUUGUUGCCAAUCGGGUAACCCAAAUUCAGGACCUCACUUGCAUUGAAGAUUGGAGAUAUGUCCUUUCUAAUGACAAUCCUGCUGACCUCAUCUCCAGAGGACUCGAUCCUGAUAAACUUCAUCAUUGCAAACUGUGGUUAAAAGGACCGUCAUUUUUGCGUAGCAGUGAAUACCCAAAUACAGACACCUUAAUCAGAGUUAUUGCAGAUGAGUUUUCGAAAGAGUUUAAAUCAUCUAGUGACUCUAAUUGUUUAUAA